GUUUUUCCGCCUAAGCCCUUUUUUCCCAUUCUCCAGCGAACACGCGAACGCACCAGACCGUCAACAAACAUGGCGCCGGCCAAGAAGCGCAACGUGAGUUCGCAACCUAAUGCAAAAAGGAGCAAAAUCGACUUGGAAGGCAUUGUUGAACGUUUACUUGAAAGCAGAAAACAUGCCAACGACGUUUUUGACAUUCUCGAGUUCCUUCAGUCAGAAAAAGAGAAGAAUGUUACCUGCGCUGUUAACGCCUGCUGCAAGCUGUUCUGCACCCUAUUGGAGAGAAAGGAUUUAUUUAUUGGAAAGCUCCCCGAGGAGGACGAGGCGUUGAACGGUGGACGCAGCGCUGAGGAGAAGUACAAGAUUUUCAUGCGACACCGUUACAACAGCUGUGUGGAGAUAAUGCUGGAGCAUCUCAACCAUGAAAUACAUGAAGUUAAGGAGAGCGCCCUGUGCUGCCUGAUGAAAUUUGCUGCAGAACAAGGACAGCAUCCUCUGGAAGAUCUGGACUGGAGUGAACACUUCAGUUUCCCACGAGAACUGAUCCACGCAGUGGUGCAAACCCUUCUGUCUCAGACCUCGGACAACUCCCUGCUGAUCUCCAGGUUCCAGGAGUUCCUUGAGAUGGAAGAUGUACGUUAUUACGUGAUGAGCGCCAUCCGUGAAAACGUUGCCACGGUCAUGGACAAAAACAAAGGGGCUGUCUUGCCUGUAUAUCAGUCCAAUGUGUUCACUCUCAUGUCCAACAUUAAUAUGCCAAGCCAGGACUCUGAGCUUACCAACUUCAUGGUCAAACAGGAAGCCAAGCAUGAGGAUUGGAAGGCAGCAAAGCUGCUUGACCACAAACGGGCCUUUGAGAGAAUGUGGCUUGGAUUUUUGAAGUAUAAGUUGCCUAACAGCAUGUAUAAAAAGGUGUUGGUGAUCCUUCAUGACUCCAUCUUGCCACACAUGAGCAAACCCACACUGAUGAUUGACUUUUUGACAGCUGCCUAUGAUGUUGGUGGAGCUAUCAGUCUGCUGGCCCUAAAUGGCCUAUUUGUGCUCAUUCAUCAACACAACCUAGAAUAUCCUGAUUUCUAUAAAAAGUUGUAUAACCUUCUUGAGCCGUCAGUUUUCCAUGUGAAGUACAGAGCUCGCUUCUUCCAUCUGGCCAAUCUUUUCCUUAGCUCCAGUCACCUGCCGGUCUACCUGGUGGCCGCGUUCGCCAAACGCCUGGCUCGUCUGGCUCUUACCGCUCCCCCCACAGCUCUGCUCAUCGUGCUGCCCUUCAUCUACAACCUGAUCCGACGCCAUCCGUCCUGCAGAGUUCUGAUUCACAAGCCUAGCGCAGAAGACGAGCUCCUUGAAGACCCAUAUUUGAUGGAAGAAGAAGAUCCAGCGCUUUGUCGUGCCUUAGAAAGCAGCUUGUGGGAAAUUAAGACACUGCAGAAGCAUUAUCAUCCAGAUGUGGCCAAAGCUGCUAUGCUGAUCAACAAACCUCUACCAGAGCAGGAAGAUGACCUCAAUGAGGUGCUGGAGAUGACUGCUUAUGAGCUGAUGGAGCGAGACCUGAAGCCGUCACAGAGCAAGAGUGUCCCGCUGGAGUUUGAAGCUGCUACACAUUUACUAAAAGGAGGAGGAGAAGUGUUGGGACAACACUUUUGUCUAGUUUAAAAGAUAAAAAAUAAUCUUCAGCCACUGUUUAUAACUGUUUUUAAGCUGUUAAUGUUUCUUUGAUGAAUGCCUGAAGAAUAGGCAAACGUCAUGUACAAAACUGCCAUAUGAAUCUAGUUUUCCUUUUAUGAUUAGAGAACCAGAAAUGUUAUUGUUCUUCUUUGAACUUGACUUGUAUUGCUGCCUUUCUACCUACCCAUCAACAGCUUAUGUGCUCAAUAAAUAUUAAGCUGCAGUACCUCUGCA